AUGGACCCCCCAAGCAGAGCCAAGUUUUCUGAUGUGGGAACAUUCGGAUUCGAGCUUGAGUUCCUAGUAUAUCUGAGCGAAUCCAACACCAAAACAAGAGAAGCCAUUCCAUCUGACCAACAGGCUCUCCAAGAGCCAUACGAUUCUCUCAACAUCGGCGGUGGCGAUCAUGAACUCCACGUGAAGAGACUACACCAUUUCGGAGCCGAGAUCGCAGCCAAGUUGACAGAGGCUGGAAUUGCGACAGCAUACAAAGAGAAAGGCCACCCCAAAGUUGACGACGCACCUAAGCUGAACCAAGAAGACGCAAGACUAGGAAGUUUCGAUGAGUUCUGCUAUAGCUCCUAUAAAAAAUGCACUAUCGUGCCCGAGGAAACAAUGAUAUGGACCGACCCAAAUAAGAACCGUAUGGCCGUGAGACCUGAAACCGAAAAGGGACACUUCUGGCUCGGCUUCGAGUUUGUCAGCAAGGUAUAUCAAUACCGCGAUCUACACUCCAUGAAGUUGCAGCUCGAGACCGUCUGCAAAGAAUUGCGGGCAAAUUACUCUGUCAGCAUCAACGCAGGCAAAGACUCGAUGCAUGGCUCUAGUCGCUGUAGCGUUCAUGUCCACUGGGGAGUCAGUGGAAAGGAGUAUAGCCUGCUAUCCGUCAAGCGGAUCCUUACCCUCAUGUGGGUAACAGAAGAUACGUUGAUGGGUCUACACGCGACCUGGAGAAGGGAUGCGAAGAAAUAUUCUGCGUUGCUGCAACAAGGGACAAAUAUGGCAGCUGAUAAAGUUUCCAACCUCCCAGGCUGGAUCGACAAUCUUGGCAAGGGAGAUUGGAGCGACGAGAUGGAGCAAAACAUCCCAGCUCGAGUUCGAGAUUCUCUUCACGAGAAUAAGCCGAAGGUGCAAUGGAUAUGGCGCGCAGGGACAAUCGACGACCUCGUGAUGCUAGUAGGCGAAGUCAAUAAAUCACGCAGGGCCUCUGUUGCCAUCACUGAACUCCUACCGGCAGACUCGGACUUUACAGGAAAGGUUCGACGUAGCCAGUUAAAUACGAUUGAAUUCCGACAUAUGCAAGGCUCGCUAAACCCGGCCCUAGUCAGCGCUUGGAUCGAAGUUACUGCUUCUAUCAUGCGUCGAUGUAUUGACAUGUCGGCGCAAGACUUCACAAGUUUCAUGGAGGACAUCUCAGCUUGCGUCUCUAACAAGAACUCGUCGGUCCAAGACCUUUUGGAUCAGCUAGGUAUUGCGCCUGAAAUACGCAGCAUAUUCAGGAGUUUCGAUCAAAAAUACCUAGAUAAGGAAGCUGACUCAAGGAGUUCGGUAUUCUUACCUGGGCUGUGA